AUGCACCCCUCGCAUUCUUUGGUCACAAUCCGGACGGCUAAGCGCCCCACUACUCCCCUUCUGUAUUCUGGUAGUUUACUUUGCCAUGUACCAUUGAUCGUUACAUUAUCCGGAGUGUAG